AAUAAAAUCGAAGUGACUCGUCAAUACUCCAGAAAGCGUUUCUUUUGUUAAAAUGGAAGGGACGAUGUUGAGGGGCGUUCCUGGCUCUAAAGGUCUUCGAAAUGCAGUCUGCGUUUCGCUCCUUAUUGGCCUUGUGUGUUUGUCAGCCCGUGCGGCUGCAUCGCCGGUUGCCGUGACGUGCAGCAAGGGUGUCAAGUUUGUUGCUGGGUCACUGAACAAACUCCAAAGCCAAGUUGAAUUGCAGUGCCCCGAACACUAUUCGCUCUAUCCAACAAAGCAAUCGAAUAAAUUCUGCAAAAACGCCUCAUGUAAUGAGGAGUUGGCCUUGAGUGUUGAAACAGUGAGCUGGGAAGCACGCUCGGACACUGAAGAGCUACCGUCCCGGAAACAAGCAGGAGGCAACGUCCUCACUUUGGUCGAAUAUCCCACGAAAUCCCAAACCGUAUAUUUCCAGUGCCGUAAAACAAGCAGUGGGCCAGUUCAAGGAGAAAACCGCGUGGCGAGCGAACCCGAGGAGACGCCAGGGGAAACUUGCGUAAUGCAAGUGGCAGUGUACGGUACAAGAGCCGCUGCUACUAAGGACGAAGAAAAUGUGUGCACAAUCGGCAACGACAAGUCUGUCACCCUCAAUUCCACUUCCAACAAGGUUACAUUUCGGUGUGCAUCAGACGCUGACACACUGUCGACGAUCAACUUCGAAGAAGCAUUGCAGGGAGAUGGCUGUGAUCAGACGGUGAAACUGGCGGAUCUCAAGUUGUCUGCCUCCUUGGUUGAAGGGAUGUCCGCUACCUCAUCGACAAACGCGGUGCCUUACUCCGAAAUUCCGGCCACCGAUGCGACAGAUCUGCCCACCUACACAUUUGAGGUUAUUGACUUUCCCACGAACAAAGUCAAACUUUGCUACAAGUGUAUUGAAAAAGCAGUGCACCCAAUUCUACAUCCACAGCCUUCCAAGGAGUGUAAGGUGCUUAUUACAGUCGACGCUAAACCGGCAGCGACUCCCGAAGGACCGGGAGAGGACACACAACCACCAACACAAGAAGGAAGCGAAGAGAAGCCUGGUCAGCCAGAGCAGGAAGGGGACGCGAAUUCAGGGAAACCAGGUGAAACUCCAAAUGGAACAGAUGAGAAGCCCAGCGGCUCGCAAUCGCCAUCCGGCAGUUCCACACGCAAGUCUACCACAGGGGUUUGGAUUCUUGCUCUACUCAUUAUGUUUUUCGCUUCUGCCGCCAUGAGCUAG